GUGAAAGAGAAGGAGGAGUGUCAAGAGGGACAGAAAAGAGGGAAGAAAGAGACUCAUUACUCAUUAAGUGGUUAGCCAAGUUGCUCUUAGUGCUUGUGCUUCUACAAAGACUUUCUCUCUCUCUCUCUCUUUCACACACACACACAUCUACACAGUCAAAAACACAAAGCAGAAGUGGACAAAGACAGAGGGUUUCAGUCGCUGUGGUUGGCUAUGGCUCAGGGCUCUGAUAGUAAUGACACAAGCUACAAGUCCCCAUCACCUGGAAGCAGACCGAGCUCCUCAGACGAUGUGAAGAAAGUGAUGCGGAGGGAGAAGAACCGCAUUGCUGCACAGAAGAGCAGGAUGAGACAAACCCAGAAAGCUGAUAGCCUUCACUUGGAGAGUGAGAACCUGGAAAAAGAAAAUGCUGCCCUGAGGAAGGAGGUGAAGAAGCUGACAGAGGAGGCCAAGUACCUGUCCUCUGUGCUGAGCAGCCAUGAACCUCUUUGCACCGGCCUGGCUCCUCAGACCCCUGACCUCCUCUACCCUCCUCAUCACAGCAGCUACCACCAGCACAUCUCUGUGCCACACUACCAGCACUGACCAGCCUGACUACAGAGGAUAUGCUGAGAAACUGAUGACUGACCUCAACGGAGAAAGAUUGACCGGAGUCUUUAAUUGUUCAUGACAGGCCAACAUGUCUGUCAAAUGACAAAAGUACGGAACCAGACUUUAACAUGCAGUGUUCAAAACUAUUUAUUAGCUUCUGCUCCUCUCUUUGCUUUUCUGAUUGUGAAUCUGUCUGUGAAGUUAAAUGGCUUGAUGAGUAGAAUUAUAAACCAGUCCAUGUUUACAUGGGAAGAAAUAGCCCACCAUAGUAUACCUUCAGGUGACUCAGGCAAUAUUUUUGUAAAUUGCUUAUUUUUAACAUCAUGGAGAAUACCCUUGUCAUCCUUUUUCAUGUUUUGUGUUACUCCUGUUCUUCAUGUGUUUUAGUGUAUUGAGUUUUUGACAGACUUGAUUGUGGACAAAGAGAAUGUAAAGUCUUGAUCCUAAAAUGGUACCAAAUGUGGGCACGUGGGCAUUCAACAGGUCUUGACUCAUGUGUUAAAUAGCCAGCAGAUGUAUUUAUUAAAUGUGACGCCUUUUGGACAGCCACCUAGGACCUCCAGGGCGUUGUUAUUCUUACAAUCCAUGGGGACUUUUCUUUGUCAGGGUGUUUAAAGUCUGUUUAAAGGGUGUUUAAAGUCUGCAAAGGUGCUGAUAACAAGAACAUUUGACAGAUGUUUAAUUUCUCUAAGAGAUCCUACAGAUGGCGCUGUUUACCAGUGUGAAUAAAUAAUUUACAGUAGCUUAUAUUAUAAAGCAGAUAUAAACUGUUCCUUGUGGAUAUGAGUUCAUUUAAGUCCUUGAACAUGGUUGAGACUUUUGUGUAACAUCUUGCUUGUAUUCAUUUUAUGAUAUUCUGAAUAAAUAACCUCUUAUCUGUACUGUU